AUGAUCAGACUCAAGCGGUUGGAAGAACGUAGGAUCUUAAGCCGCAACGACCCGCUAUACAUCUCCCGGAUGUUCAAGUCCCGCUGGCAGCCACUACCCGCCUAUAUCGGUAUCAUCGGAUGCAUUUUUGUCGUUAUCUGGUCCGGCGUCCCUCCGCUGUACAUAUUAGGAUCUAAAAGUGGUCUGACAUCGACCGACCACCUGAAGUCCAACGUCGGUCUUGGCUGCGAUGUCCUAGGCGCGUAUUCAGGCCCCUUCCUCUUCGCAGUCUUCUAUUUUACGUACAAGUACAUAACCCCUCGUUCCAGGGCCGUCCAAAUCAUCGAUCUCACACCAGGCGACUACGUGCUAGGUGAUCUAGCGGUUAUUGAAGGGGAGGAUCCUACCACUGAUCGCAGCGCUUCCGCAGCAGUCCUCCAGCCUGACGGAUAUCAAAUAGAAGCCCAGCGUUGGAGUGCCGCGUCUCCGAAACACAUUAGCACCGAGCUUGAGAUGAGCCAUGAUCUGCUAGAGGAGUAUGAGGCCCGGAAAGCGCACGAAGAGCAACGUAGGAGAAUUCAAGAGGUCCUUAGACGGAGGCCGGGCCGUAUGGAGAGGAGUCUAUUAAGAGAGCUGUGGAGUUGCGUCGUCGCAGACAAGUCAACGUCUCCGGAUGCAGAGUAG